AAUGAAACCGCCAUUUUGUACAGUUUCGCCAAAGUGAUUUGUUUACUGAUAACCAUUGUUAAUUCUACUAAUUGAUACAGAACUCUACUAUUUUAGGGUACUUAUAAUAUUAUUAUAGUCUAUAGCGGCCAACAGACCCGACGAAAUGGAUAACCAAAGAGAGAAAGAACGCGACCGUUCAAAGCGUGGAGACAGGCCUUCCAGGUUUUCAGACGCUCAAAGAGACCGCUCCAAUGACCGCGAAGCGCGAUCAGAUGGAAAACGCUUGUUCGUGUCUAACAUUCCAUACGAGUUCCGUUGGACUGAGCUGAAAGACUUAUUCAAGGAAAAGGUUGGUGAUGUGGCAUACGUAGAGCUGUAUAAUGACGACAAUGGGAAACCACGAGGUUGUGGUGUCGUUGAGUUCACUAACACGGAGGCCAUGAAGAAAGCUCUCUUUGUGAUGCACAGAUAUGAACUCAACGGAAGGAAGCUGGUGUUAAAAGAAGAGACAGGUAAUGAACGCAACAGGGUGGGUUCUGCCAGGCAAGGUGGUGGGGGCGGCGGCGGCGGCGGCAACAGGAACAACAGGGAUGAUAAAGACGGAUGGGGAAUGAUGAAACCACGUGAGCCAGAAAACUUCAAUACAUACGGACUCAGUCUUGAAUUCCUUGACUCUAUCAAUGUGCAGCCUCCACUAGUAAAGAAAGUUUUUGUUGCCAAUCUUGACUACAAAGCGGAUCGUGCCAAAAUAAAGGAGAUCUUCAAAAUGGCGGGCAAAGUCCGCAACAUAGACCUGGCGAUAGACAAGGACGGCAACAGCAGAGGCUUCGCCGUCAUCGAGUACGACCAUCCGGUUGAAGCCGUGCAGGCAAUAUCCAUGUUCGACAAGCAAAUGCUAUACGAACGGCGCAUGACAGUCCGAAUGGACCGCGGCAACUCAGAAAAGUCAGAACUGCGCCUGCCCGAAGGUUUGAAAGGCAUCGGUCUAGGCUUGGGGCCUAAUGGCGAACCACUAAGGGAUGUAGCUAGGAAUCUGCCACAGAAUUCUAACGGGCCGAACUUGAACCUGAAUAAUAAUAAUUCGUCGUUGGGAACGGGAGUGCUGGGGGCUGUGCCCACGGCUUCUGUCGCCCUGAAUGGGCUGGGAGCUGGUCUGGCCGCGAACCCGCUGGCUACAAACACUUUGGGAGGAGGACUGGGAUUACAGGCACUAGGUCUGACCGGUCUCGGCGCCCUCCAAAACCAGCUUCUCCAGCAAGGCCUCACCGCCAGCGACCUGGCCACCGUGCUCACCGCGCAAGCGCAGGCCCAGGCCCAAGCCCAGGCUCAAGCCCAAGUAGCGCAGGCUGCCAAUGUCGGGGUCAAUGUCAACACUGGCCUGAAUCUGAAUAAUGACUUGAGCGCUAGUGUGCUGGGCAAUAACGCUUUGAGUAGUAAUGUCAUGGGAGGAAACUCUUCUAUGAGCAGCGGGCCGCUUUCAGCAUCCCGUAGCCAAAUGGUCGGAGUGACCGGGUCUGGACAGAGCUACGGGCGGGAGUCCAGCGUGCAACAGAACUCGCGGGACAAGUCUUCCGACAUGGUUGCUAUCACUAAUCUUCCGCCAACCGUGACAUGGCAGCUGAUCCGCGAGAAGUUCAGCGAGUGUGGAGACGUGAAAUUCGCCGAGAUGACCGGCCCCGACUCCGCCAUCGUUCGCUUCCACAAGGAGUGGGACGCCGAUCGGGCUAUCAAAAUGUUCGACAGGACCCGCAUUGACGGGAGAACUAUAGACGUACGAUUUUUCUGAGACGAGGAUACAAGGAGUGUCUCAAGUUGAUCUGUUGUGGGGUUUGUAUAACGGCUGCCUGCGUAGAAAACUUUGUCCUUUACUCUUCAUUAAAUAGUCCACUUUGUGUUUGACAAUCGAUUACUUAUAUACCUUAAGUUUAGUGUAAGUCAGGUUUGCUAUUUCCGUAAUUUUAGUUUCUAAUAAAUUUGUAAGAUGGAAUAUUUUAUUUGUGAGUGCAUACAAAUCUAGGAUUUAAAAUUGUUUAAUAAAAGGUUUCGUCUUAAGAAUGGGUCGAUCUUUGUCUUGAACUCACGGAAAUGGAGAAUGCUGAUGUUCGAUGUAAUAUUAAGCUGGUUCUAUCACUUGUUUCACACUCCCCUGUAUUUGGGAUAGUCACACUGUAUUCAUUUUAAUAAAUGUUCAUUUAGUUCGUGUAUUGUGGAAUUUAUUAGGUUUUUACCACGGAAACUACCGACGGGUGUAAUGGAGCUCAAUUGGACAUUCGUGUUGUUUUAUUCACAAUUCGAUCAAUUGGGUUUCUAUUGUAACAUUUUGUUGAAUUUAGCACGAAUCGGGUACUUUAAUUUACUUACAAUUUUAAAACUGCGACGAAUAGGUUCUAGGAUAUCUUGUGGGAGGAGACAAGUUUUUUUGACACCCUUCUAAUACAUUUUAAGUUAGUUUGUGUAGUGUAUUGUAUCUUUAGAAACAGCCAGUCGGCACAAGUGUUAAGGUCUAAUAAAUAUUGUUCAGUCAUAACUUCCAUUCACAUGCAAAAGUAUAAUUGAAUAAAUUUUAAUGUAUGUGCA